AUGUCGAUCCUCUUUUGCAUUGUCUCAAUGCUCGGCAUGAUGGCCUGCCAGUGUACAGGUCAUCAACUUCGCCACCAAUCACGGGGAUUAUCCCGGGGCUACGAUUCUAGACUAUUGCUACCAACCACUAAAAAUCAUGCAAAUCAUGAGCCUUCUUGCACUAUUCCACGCCGAGAGUUUUCUUCACUGCUGGUUGGAGCAGCCGCAUUGUCCACAUCAAACGCUAUCUUGGGGACUUUGCCAGCUCAAGCAGCAACUGGAAACCUUGCCUCCAAACUUUCCCAACGAGACCCCGCCGCCCUGGCCAACUCCAUUUUCAAUAUCCCACCACAAACUCAAGUGUACCCUGACUUUAUGCACGGAACCUGGAAGAUCAAGUGCAAUUACGCUGGUUUUUUGUUUCCUUCCAAAAAGAUAUCUCGCGAAAAGCUAAUCAGCAAUGCCCAGAUACCUGGUUUUCAAAAGUGUUCAAUAGUUGCUCUUUCCGACAUUGGAAAAGAUUCCUUUGACUAUACCCUGUCCAUUGAUCCAACAUCUGGAUUGGAAGAUCGGAUUCAAACUCUAACGACUCAGGUCAAUAGCAACUUGGGCUACGAUGCCGUGGCGGCGGUCAAAUACAAUGCCAAAUCCAAUCCAAACCGAAUAUCCAUUGACUUUGACGAGUAUCGCACCAUCAACGCGGAACGUGUGGAACUCUUUGCCAAUGGACGGGAAUCCGAAUGGAUCCCAGAGACGAAAACUUUUGUGUGUAGCGAGUAUCUCCGGCAGGUGACCUUUGGGACUGGAUCGAGUGUGGGUAUCCCACGACAAGUUGCCACCAAUUAUGCACAUUUCUGGACCUGGAAGCAAGACAGUGAAGACCCAAAUGUUAUCUCUGGCAAUUUGCUGACGGCUGCUUACUUGGAUCCUCAAGACAGCAUGUUCUUUGACGAGCCUUCAAAGCCCGUUGCUGUUUAUAGUCACGUGUUAAAGGGAGUAAAGGCAUAG